CCUGUGGCUCCUCCUUGCCCCUCAGCUCGCGCGCGCUGUCCCGGUCGCGCUCUCUGCCUCGCGCCGCACUGGGAUGUUGACGGCUGCGUCUGGAGGCAGAUCCCGGCUCGGCGAGGCGGCGGCCGGGGGAAGCCAGUGAGGCAGCCACAGCCCCCGCCGUAGCGCCCAGGGAGCGGGCGGACCCUCCCUCUUUCCUCCCCCCGCCCGUGCGCUAGGCGGAGAGACUGCGAGGAGCCCGGGGUACAACAUGGCGGAGCACUCGGCCCCCGACCACAGGCACAAACCCGCCAACUCCGCCGGCUCCUUGGCGCUGGGGAAUAGCCGGCCCGGGACGGGCAGCGGCUCCUCCGCGGCGGCUGCCGGCGGCCCCCCGGCGGGUGGAGGCGGCCUGUCGGGGGGCCUGUCGCAGCCGGCGGGCUGGCAGUCGCUGCUCUCCUUCACCAUCCUCUUCCUGGCCUGGCUGGCCGGCUUCAGCUCCCGGCUCUUCGCCGUCAUCCGCUUCGAGAGCAUCAUCCACGAGUUCGACCCCUGGUUUAACUAUAGAUCAACACAUCACCUUGCAUCCCAUGGGUUUUAUGAAUUUUUAAAUUGGUUUGAUGAAAGAGCAUGGUAUCCACUGGGAAGAAUAGUAGGUGGAACUGUCUACCCUGGGUUGAUGGUGACAGCAGGCCUUAUACAUUGGAUUUUAAAUAUGCUAAAUGUCACAGUCCACAUAAGAGAUGUAUGUGUAUUCCUAGCACCAGUUUUUAGCGGCCUUACAUCUAUUUCUACUUUUCUGCUCACCAGAGAACUGUGGAACCAAGGAGCAGGGCUUUUAGCUGCCUGUUUUAUUGCUAUAGUUCCAGGUUACAUAUCUCGAUCAGUAGCAGGAUCCUUUGACAAUGAAGGCAUAGCCAUUUUUGCACUGCAGUUCACGUACUAUUUGUGGGUGAAGUCUGUGAAAACUGGGUCAGUCUUUUGGACAAUAUGCUGCUGUCUAUCUUACUUUUAUAUGGUUUCUGCAUGGGGUGGUUAUGUUUUCAUCAUCAACCUUAUUCCACUGCAUGUGUUUGUGCUGCUGUUGAUGCAGAGAUACAGCCGGAGGGUCUACAUAGCAUAUAGCACUUUCUACAUUGUGGGCUUAAUAUUAUCCAUGCAGAUACCUUUUGUGGGCUUUCAGCCAAUUAGAACAAGUGAGCACAUGGCUGCUGCAGGUGUGUUUGCACUGCUGCAAGCCUAUGCCUUUUUGCAGUAUUUGAGAGACAGACUAACAAAGCAAGAAUUCCAGACCUUGUUCUUCUUGGGUGUGUCACUAGCUGCUGGUGUUGUAUUCCUGAGUGUCAUCUAUUUGACAUAUACAGGUUACAUUGCUCCAUGGAGUGGCAGGUUUUAUUCACUGUGGGACACCGGGUAUGCGAAAAUUCACAUCCCGAUCAUUGCCUCUGUGUCUGAGCAUCAGCCUACAACAUGGGUUUCCUUCUUUUUUGAUCUGCAUAUUCUCGUGUGUACUUUCCCAGCAGGGCUGUGGUUCUGUAUCAAAAAUAUCAAUGAUGAAAGAGUCUUUGUCGCUCUGUAUGCAAUCAGUGCUGUUUACUUUGCUGGUGUGAUGGUUCGUCUGAUGUUGACUUUGACUCCAGUGGUCUGUAUGCUGUCAGCAAUUGCUUUCUCCAAUGUGUUUGAGCACUAUUUGGGUGAUGAUAUGAAGAGGGAAAAUCCACCAAUAGAAGACAGCAGUGAUGAGGAUGACAAAAGAAACCCAGGCAACCUGUAUGACAAGGCAGGUAAAGUGAGGAAACACGUAUCUGAACAGGAAAAAACAGAAGAAGGACUGGGUCCCAACAUCAAGAGUAUUGUUACUAUGUUGAUGCUGAUGUUGUUGAUGAUGUUUGCUGUCCACUGCACUUGGGUAACUAGCAAUGCAUACUCCAGUCCUAGUGUUGUUCUGGCUUCAUACAAUCAUGAUGGCACUCGGAACAUCCUGGAUGAUUUCAGAGAGGCAUACUAUUGGCUAAGACAAAAUACAGAUGAACAUGCUCGAGUAAUGUCUUGGUGGGACUAUGGCUAUCAGAUAGCAGGAAUGGCCAAUCGGACUACUUUAGUUGAUAACAAUACCUGGAACAACAGCCACAUAGCCCUGGUGGGAAAAGCAAUGUCAUCAAAUGAGACAGCAGCAUAUGAGAUCAUGAGGAGUCUGGAUGUGGAUUAUGUUUUAAUUAUUUUUGGAGGUGUUAUUGGCUACUCUGGUGAUGAUAUCAACAAGUUCUUGUGGAUGGUGAGAAUAGCAGAGGGCGAGCAUCCCAAAGAUAUCCGGGAAAGUGACUACUUCACUCCACAGGGAGAGUUCCGCGUAGACAAGGCAGGUUCUCCAACGUUGCUGAACUGCCUCAUGUAUAAAAUGUCCUAUUACAGAUUUGGAGAAAUGCAGCUGGAUUUUCGGACACCACCAGGAUUUGAUCGCACACGCAAUGCUGAGAUCGGCAACAAGGACAUUAAAUUCAAACAUUUGGAGGAAGCCUUUACAUCAGAGCAUUGGCUUGUAAGAAUAUACAAAGUGAAAGAACUAGACAACAGAGAGACAUUGGACCAUAAACCUAGAGUAACCAACAUUUUACCAAAACAGAAGUAUUUGUCAAAGAAGACUGCCAAAAGGAAGCGGGGCUACAUUAAGAAUAAACUAAUUUUAAAGAGAGGCAAGAGACCCAACAGGAAGACAGUUUAAAUACACUGUUCUGAUUGCUAAUACGAAGCAGUUGUCCUUGAGAUAACCAGUCUUUGCCUUUAGCUCAAGUCAUGUUUCACAGCAACAUGAGGGUACAGAACCAUCAUUGGUCCAGAUUAUUGUACAAAAUUUUCAGGCAAUGUCUGAUUUAAAAAAUGUUGGCUUAUUGAGAACAGCUGUUUUAGAUUUGUAAUGUGAAGCAAGACAGAGCUGCUGUCCAAGUCUAGCAGCAGAUUUUUUUUCUUGGUACAUAUUAUCCUUCAAAUCUGUUGAGAAUUUGGACUGAUUGCACCAAAGAGCCCUCUAAUUUGGUCCUUGGCACAUGCAUACUUGUCAAUUUUUUUUUUUUUUU